AUGAUUGACAAUAUUAAUAAAUUAUCGAAAAAUCUUGAUGCAAAUAAACAGCAGCAACAACAACAACAACAACAACAGCAAACAGCAGCAUCAAUUGUUAAUUUAACUGAUGAUGAUGUUGUUAAAAUUUGGGAUGCAGUGUCAGCUUAUAUUGAAUCUUAUAUGAAACAAUCAAAAGGUGUCACGAUACCAGGCUUUGGUACAUUUACUUUUAUACAUAAACGUAUUGAUGUAGGAAAUAAUAAAUAUUUAUUAAUUCAACGACCUGUUUUUGCUUUUUCGGAAAAAUUUGCCCAAACUCAUUCAUUAAAAUUUACUCAUUAUCCUGUUAAUGGUUCAAUACCAGUACAUCCAUUAAAUUAUUUCUAUAUUCAAACACAAUCAACAUAUACACGUGAUCAAAUUGAACAAUGUGUUAAACAUGUUCUACAAGUAUUUAAUCGUUCUGUAGCUGCACAACGAAAUGUUGAAUUUACAUUUUCACGUAUUGGAAAAUUACAAAUCCGAGAUGGAAAAGUUAAAAUGAGAUUUUUUAAAGACUUUGUUAAUGCUGUUGAUGGUAAUGGUGGAAAUGGAGCAAAAUAUCUUUUUGAUAAUACGUGCAAUAGGCCACAAACAUGUGAUUCAGUUAUGUCUGAACGAGAAGCAGCAAGACCACCAACAGCUUCGAAUGUUGUUCUUCCACGACUUAAUAGUCGAAUUGGUAAUCCAGCGAUGCAAGCUAUUCCAGAAGAAGAUCAUGGUAAUGAUGAACAACAAACUCAUCGUGGAACAACAUCUAUCAAACGAACACAACAACGAGGUAAUCUUAGUCCAUGUAAGAACGAUUUAAGUCGUUCAGGUUCGCGAGGUGUUGAUUUACGAUUACCACCUCUUGUUGAAACACCUAGAGAACCAACCGUUUCUGUGACAACAACUACGCAACCACCAACAAACGUAGUAACAACAGUAGGAGUAACAAGUUCACAAGAUGGAGUUAUGCCUAUAGCAUCACUUUUUUCAUCAUUGGAUCUUGGUCAACCAUCUACAACAGCAAAACGAACAGCAACACCUGUUAUUCCAAUGAGACGAAUUGCUUCUUGUUAUCAAAAUGAACAAGAUAAAGAAUUAACAGCAACCAUUAACCAAACCAAUGGUGUAGUUAUUCGAGCAACUAAUGAAAAUAGUGCAGCAUUAGGUUUUUCACGUCCAACAACUGAUCGUAGUGUACGUGAUCGUAUAUCAUCAUCAUUAAAUGUUUAUCCUCAACAAUAUCAACAAAUGAAUUCUCCAACAGCAUCAAAACCAACAACAACAUGUGGACAUCAUGGUGCUGGUCAAGAACUUUGUUAUUUAUGUCAUCAACGUGCUAAACGUAAUAUACCUAUUUAUUUACAUGAAGAAAAACGUAUUCGUGAAGCUGAAGAAGCAAAAUUACUUGAACAAUAUCAACAUGAUCGAGAUCUUGAUGAACAAAACAAACGAGAAAUGGCUAUGAAAGCUGAUCGUGAAGAAAAACAAAGAAUAGCUGCUUAUAAUUUGGGUAUUGCUGAGGCGACACGAGUCAAAAAAAUGGAACGACCAAAAACGAGUGAUGUUCCGCGUUCAUUUGUAUUUCGAAAACGUGCACAAACUCCUCCAACCUAUAUUCGUCAACAAGAUUUAGCUAAACAAUUAGAUGCACAAAUAAAAUGGAAACAUGAUGAAGAACAUGCUGAAAAACAAGAUAAAAAUUUUGUUGAACGUUUAGAACAAAUACAAUUAGCUGAAGCAUUGGCACAAGAACGAGAAGCAUAUCUGAGAAAUAAACGUCUUCAUCAAGAAGAAAUGAAAAAUGCUUUAGAUAAUCAAGUUCGAAAUAAGCCAAGUGGAAUUCCUUCAGCCGAAAUUGCUACACCUUAUUUUGGUGUCAAUGAUAUGUCAACAGAGAAAUUACAAGAACGUCGUUUACACGCAAUGGAAAUCUUUCGACAACAAAAAGAAGUUGUUGAACAACGACAACGACAACAAUUACUUAAACAAAUGCGUGAACAAGAAUAUGAAUCACGUGCAUUAGAUGCUAUGAAACAAGACUUUUUAGCUGACCGUCGUGAACGAUUUCGUCGUGGAUUUACAAUACGCAAAGAUCUUGAAACAGAUUGGUCAAAUGCUAUGGAUACAAAACAUCAGCGUGAUCAAGAUGAAAGAGCACAUGUAUAUGCAGCACAAGGUGUUCUUGUACAUGAACAAUGUGAUCAAUAUAAACGUUGUGCUCAAUGUCAACGUAAUUUAAAUAAUUGUGGUACAUCAAAUAUAUGGAAAGAUACACGAUAUAUACCUGGAACACGUAUCAUGGUUUAA